GCAAGAAACACCGCACACAGCCAAAUCAUUACAAGCACACGAAUAGACCGCAAAGCGCCUACUAGAUCAACAAAAGUCGCAUGUCGAUGGAAGUGUGAACAUCAGUGCUCAGUGCUCCAGUUGUUUACAUAAGAUAUCCAAGCACCGGCGCCUAUCAACGAUGAAGCCGACCGCAGAAGCCGUGAUCGACAUGUUUCCUGUACCGGUGAAAAAUCCGGAAGAAGUGGUGGCCACCCUUCGGAAAAAUUUCUACGCGAAUAAAACUAGAUCGCUUAAAUUCCGAAAAGCCCAGCUUAAAGGUAUGAUCAAGUUCUUCGAGGACAACCAGGACGAGUUGUGUGAAGCCCUUUACAAGGAUCUAAGGAAGCCGAAGACAGAAGCAAUUCUUUGCGAAAUUCAGUUCACCCUUAACGAAAUCAAGAAUCUGCUUUGGAACCUGGAUGAUUAUGCGAAGACUGAGCAUCCCGAAAAAGGAUUCGUUAAUAUGUUGGAUGGUGUGGAGAUACUCAAGGAUCCAUAUGGGGUCGUUUUGGUUAUCGGUUCUUGGAAUUAUCCGUUAAAUAUUGCGUUGAAUCCUAUGGCAGGUGCCAUAGCAGCUGGAAACUGCGUAGUACUGAAACCUUCCGAGAAAGCUCCAGCAACAGCUGAACUGAUAGCAAAGCUACUCCCCAACUAUCUUAGCACCGACUGCUACCAAGUACUAUGUGGUGGAGUACCCGAAACAACCGAGAUCCUGAAACAAAAAUUCGAUUACAUCUUCUACACUGGAUCCACAGCUGUCGGAAAAAUUAUCUACGAAGCGGCAAAUAAACAUCUGACACCUGUGACCUUGGAACUUGGAGGAAAAUCCCCUGUCUAUAUCGACAACACUGCCGAUAUGGAAAUAGCCGCUAAAAGAAUACUUUGGGGGAAGUGUGUCAACGCUGGACAAACAUGCGUUGCUCCAGAUUAUAUUCUAUGCACUAAAGAGGUUCAAGAAAAGUUCCUCCCUUAUGCUGAGGAUGCCAUUAAGGAAUUCUUCGGAGGUAGCGUCAAAUCAUCUCCAGAUUUUGGGAGAAUCAUCAACGAUUUUCACUUCAACAGACUUGUGAAGUUACUCAAAGACGUUAAGAUAGCUAUAGGUGGUCACACUGAUUCAACCGAUAGAUUCAUUUGCCCAACUGUGGUGAUAGACGUUCUUCCUGGUGAACCCUUGAUGCAAGAAGAGAUCUUCGGUCCAAUAUUACCAAUCGUCAACGUUACCAACGUAAAUGAAGCUAUUAAAUUCAUAAACGAAGGGGACAAACCCUUAGCUCUCUACAUAUUUUCCAACAACUCCAAAGACACCCAAAUGAUACUCGAUAACACGUCUAGUGGUGGAGUAGCAGUUAAUGACGUCAUACUACAUAUUGCUGUCGAGUCUUUACCGUUUGGAGGUGUUGGUAGCAGUGGUAUUGGAGCUUAUCAUGGAAAACAGACAUUCGACACAUUUGUUCAUAAGAAAAGCGUGCUUAAAAAGAAUUUCGCAGCGCUACCUGAAAAAGUUCAAGCACUCAAAUAUCCUCCUUAUAAUAACAAGAAAUUGGCAUUGAUGCAAAAAGCUAUAGAAAAGAGGAGAGGUAUGUCCUUGUCUUGUUUGCCCCAAUUAUUCUGCUUCUUGUUGGGGAUAGUGUUAACUAUUGGAGCCUACGUGUUGUGGUUGUAUGUUCAUCACGAAGACAUCUUCAAGUGAUUCACUCUUGGAGGGCAGUUCAAAUUAGCGAAAAUAAGGAAUUAAAUCAUAGUGAUACGUUAAGGAAUUCAGACUUCUCACAUUGCAUUGAGAUGGAUCAUUCAAAUGCAUGAUAAUCAUUCAAAUGCUGGAUGCUGUCAACUCACUCUCAUUCUGUGGUGUUUUAUUUAUUCUGUGUUGAUUUUAACAGUUCCAUUUUCGGUUGGGAAUUUUUUCUUUUGUAAGUUUUGUGAGUGGUUGCACUACGAAACGUUUUAUUUUAUUAUUUAGGUAUUCUGUAUCAGAAUUGAUGAAAUAUACAUUUAUUUUUGGA